GAAAUUCUAGAAAUUUGGAAAAAGUUUCUGUUCCUGUCCCCCUCCUCAGAUUUGUACUGCACGUUAGAGGUGGAUUCUUUUGGAUAUUUUGUGAACAAGGCUAAAACUAGAGUUUACAGAGACACCACAGAGCCCAACUGGAACGAGGAGUUUGAGAUUGAGCUGGAAGGCUCACAAACUCUGCGGAUUCUGUGCUAUGAAAAGUGCUACAACAAAACCAAGCUCACCAAAGAGGAUGGAGAGAGCACAGAUCGCAUAAUGGGGAAAGGACAGAUCCAGCUGGACCCACAGGCGUUGCAGGACAAAGAUUGGCAACGCACAGUCAUCUCAAUGAAUGGCGUUGAAGUGAAGCUGUCCGUGAAGUUUACCAGUCGGGAGUUCAGCCUGAAAAGGAUGCCAUCCCGGAAGCAGACUGGGGUCUUUGGGGUCAAGAUCGCUAUUGUCACCAAGAGAGAGAGGUCGAAGGUGCCUUACAUCGUGCGCCAGUGUGUGGAGGAGAUAGAGCGGCGGGGGAUGGAGGAGGUGGGCAUCUACCGUGUCUCUGGGGUCGCAACCGAUAUCCAGGCUUUGAAAGCUGCCUUUGAUGUCAAUAACAAAGAUGUGUCGGUGAUGAUGAGCGAGAUGGAUGUCAACGCCAUUGCGGGCACCUUGAAGCUGUACUUCCGGGAGCUGCCUGAGCCCCUCUUCACAGAUGAACUGUACCCCAACUUUGCUGAGGGCAUCGCACUUUCAGAUCCUGUUGCAAAGGAAAGCUGUAUGUUGAAUCUAUUGUUAUCGCUUCCAGAACCCAACCUUGUGACAUUCCUUUUCCUUCUGGACCAUUUAAAAAGGGUUGCUGAGAGGGAAAGCGUUAACAAGAUGUCCCUGCAUAAUCUUGCAACUGUCUUUGGACCAACGCUGCUCAGACCUUCAGAGAAGGACAGUAAAAUCCCUGCCAACCCCACCCAGCCCAUCACAAUGACUGACAGCUGGUCACUAGAGGUCAUGUCCCAGGUUCAAGUUCUUCUGUAUUUCCUGCAGCUAGAGACUAUCCCUACCCCAGACAGCAAGAGGCAAAGCAUUCUCUUCUCCACAGAGGUGUAG